AAGACGAAAGACAAAGCUACUACUGUAGUACAGUGUCCAAAGGCAAAGCUAGCAGCAUGCAGAAAACUCAACUUGCUCCUGUGGCACAUGCUGGCUUUCCUGUCAGGAGUCUGACCAGAAAACUAAAGGGAGAAGGUGGAGAAUGGAUCACAGCUUAUCGUGUGGAGCAAAAGAAGCGAUUCACAACGACCCUCUCCCAUACUCGGCCGGACGGCUCUCUGUCUAGAUUGAUUCAUCCUCCCACUAACACGAGAGAGGUCAGUGGGUCCCUCUCUUCCAGGGGACACGUACUGAACAAGGAGUUCCUGCUCCAUCGCUGCUAUGUCAGUAAACCGAGUGAUCUCUCAGUGGUCAGCAUCAGAGGAUCAAAUCUGGAGAGGUGUGUGCCUGAAGAGCUUGCUGAGUUCCAGAAUGUGAUCCAUGUGGACGCUGCUGACAACAAACUGGCAUUGGAGUCGUUUUCUCACUUCCCGUGUCUGGAGGGUCUGGAGUUGCCCCUCAAUGGAGUGGUGGAUGCUCAACUAAGUCCAGGGGAUUUCCCCCACCUAACCAACCUGGACCUCUCCUACAACACCCUCAGUGGACUGAUCGUCAUCGACCUGGGACUGCUGCCCGCACUGAGGGAGCUGCAUCUCACAGGUAAUAAUUUGGUGGCUCUCCCAGUGGAAAUGACAAGACCAUACAGUCACAGUGAUAAUGGGUACAGUAUAAGGUUCCCUGCUCUGGAGAAGCUCUGGCUGGAUGAUAACAAACUGUCUGACCAGAGCUCAUUUGCCACUCUCGCUGGACUGAGAAAAUUGAAGUAUCUGAAUCUGGACAACAAUGAGUUCUACUCCAUCCCUCAACUGAAACUGUUGGGGUCCAGCCAAAUGAAACAACCACAGCCAGUCUACACACCACCUGAGACACCACCACCUGAAACACAACAGGACAGCUACGUCACUCCCACCAUUUCAACCAGCAAUCAACGCAUGACUAUGGAUGCCAAUAAUGAUAAUACAAACCAGGAAAUAUCACCCGGGGUCUCGGACGAAGGGACUGAUAAAGAUAAGCCUAGUACUGAUACUGAGACGGUGACUGGGGAACAAAAGUUACAGCCUGAGCUUAUUUUGACGGACGGUCAGAGAACUGAAGAUUUGAAUAGCUCUGAAAUUGUAAUUGCUACCAACUCUCAAAAUUUACAAAAUGACACACAUUCACCUAUACCUAUUAUUGAUGAAUCGACUCAACAAUCAAAACAAGAAUUCACUAGUUCAAAGGACGAUUCUUUAUUACAAACUAAUGAUACAGUUUUGAACAAUACUCCACAAGAUGUAGGCCCACAUCACCAUCUAACUUUAAAUCAAGUAUCACCAGGCAGAGAGCACAGUCAACCUGACGCUAUGUCCGUGGCCCCCUUCCCUGAGCUGGACACACUCAGCCUUGUCAACAAUCUGAUAUUGUCGGCUGAGGGAGUGCUGGCUUGUGAGUCGUGGCCCAUGUUUAAGAAACUGCUAAUCUAUGAAAACCCCUUCACAGCAGCACACAAAGGCUUGCACCCACUGUUGCAGGGGAGGUUAGUAAAUCAGUGUGGAAUUAAAGUGGUGAGGAAAAAACCGUCAUCGACACACAAGCAUCACAUUGGGAGCAAAGCCAUGGAAUUCAAGAAGGUGUCCUCCCUGCCCCCUCCACCCAUCCCCAGGUGUCCCCUGCCUGCUAUUGAACCACCUCCUCUAGACCUCAAGGCCAUUGGCUACACCCCUUCAGUCAGCCAGACCCACUCCUCUAUUCGUUCUUAUUCGCCUGAAUCCAGCAACUCACUGGGCUCAUUGCUGGACAGCGAGGAGAGUGAACAACAAGGAGUCUUUAUGACUCAGGUGGUUGGUGAAGAACCAGACCCCUCCUCCUCCCGACCCAAUGAAGGCCUGGCAGCUCCCACUAACUCAGUGAAGGAUGACUUCGAGGCCAGACUGAGGGAAGUUAAGGAGAAGUACAAAGACGUCCCUGAUCGGUACAAGGGCUACGAGAUCCUGUUGGAUGUUUAUGAUGAUCCUCACACCAAGAUACCCAGUGACAUCAAUGGUUGUGUGCGUGCCCUGAGCUAUGCCCUGAAGCACCCCCGAACUCUGAAUAGCAAGCCACCAGCCCCCAGUAGUCUAUCCUCCUCAUCAACUGUCUCUCAGCUCACGGGGAACUACCUCAAGAAAAAGACACUCCCAUUGGAGCCCCUCCCCCAAUCCAAGACCCACGGCAAAGUGAGGGAGAUCCGUGGGGUAUUGGAGGAUAUUCGCAGUCAGGCCACCACAAUAGAGACGAACCUCUCAGUGGCCCUCAAACCUUCUCCAAAGAAGAGGAGCAUCUCUCAAUUGCAGAGGGAGAGCAAGAAGUUACUGGCAGAGUUGCAGACAUGCUAUGAUCGAGUGAGGGCCUCCUCCCUGCGUACCACGGUCACAGUGGACCAAGAGGGGAGGGGACAGGGGCAGAGGUUGGGUACCCCCAGGAGGGUGCAGUUCAGUAGAGAUGUACAAACACUCACUACUAGCUCUCCUAGAAACACUGCUAGAACCAGCUCUAGAUCUAUUGUGUAA